CAAACAGAGAAUGCAAUUUUUUGCUUUCUCUUCUCGUUUCGUGCGCGUUUCGUGUGUGUUGUACUUUUCCUCAUCGUCGUAGUUGUCGUCGUUGUUGAAAUUAAUAAUCUAUUGUUUUAACUUCUAUUUUAACGAAAAUUAAUAUCAAAACAACGAAUUUUUUUCUUCCUUGUAAUUUGCCGACAACAUAAAAGCGUUUAAUUUGUGGAAAUGUGGCCCAAACGAAUAGCGAACAACGAAUUUUUCGCCGUGUGUCGGUUAUGAGUCGCGGAACAAACGAACAAAUCGACAAAUCAAAAAAAUUAUCGAGAUAACUUUUAGGCGUAUAAAAACGCGAACGGUAAUCCUCAAGUUGCUAACAAGUUAAGUGGCGUAGUGAAUUAGUGUGACGAACGAGCACAAAGGAAGCGCACGCCAGUUGCACAUAAUGCAUUAUACAUAUAUAGAAAAUGUGUGUCCAAAUAUGGCAAGUAAAAUAAGAUAUAAUUCGAUGUAACGCCUAUAAAGCCUAAAAGUAUACACAAUAAAACAAAAGAUUAUUUUUAAAAGUUGCAAAGCGAAUAAGAUUCUUAUGUAAAAAAGGCAUUCAAUAUAAAAGCGAAAAAAGCAAGCAAACGAGGGCCAUAGCUGCCUUUUUCGCACAAAGGCGCCCAAACUUAUUGCAGAGCAAUAACGCCUUAACGCCUUCACCACCUUUGACGGCCAGUGAUAUCCUCAACAACAUCGACAUAACUGAAUUGCAACGAAGUGAACUUAUCUUCAGUAAGCUGUCACGAUGGCCGAUAAAGCGGAUAAAGCGGAUAAAACUGAUAAAGCAGAUAAAGGAGAUAAAGGAAAGGAAGCCCCCAAAAAUACGGAACAAAAGAACCAAGUCACCCGUGCCAUGCCCGAACAGAGCAACGACUAUCGUGUUGUUGUGUUUGGUGCCGGUGGUGUGGGUAAAAGCUCCCUGGUCUUACGUUUUAUUAGGGGAACCUUCCGCGAAACUUACAUACCAACGAUUGAAGACACCUAUCGACAGGUUAUAAGCUGCAACAAAAACAUUUGCACUCUGCAAAUAACCGACACAACAGGCUCACACCAAUUUCCGGCUAUGCAAAGACUGUCCAUAACCAAGGGUCAUGCGUUUAUACUGGUCUACUCUGUUUGUUCGAAGCAAAGUUUAGAGGAGCUGCGACCCAUUUGGCAAAACAUUAAGGAUCUUAAGGGUCCGGACGUUGUCAACAUACCAGUCAUGUUGGCGGGCAACAAGAGCGAUGAAAGUGCCGAGCUGCGUGAGGUAUCAGAAGCUGAGGGGCAAGCACAGGCAACCACCUGGGGCAUAUCGUUCAUGGAGACAUCGGCCAAAACCAAUCACAACGUCACCGAAUUAUUUCAGGAGCUGCUCAACAUGGAGAAAUCGCGCGUUGUGUCACUGCAGUUAGAUGUUAAAAAGCAAAAGAAACAGAAGAAGGAGAAGAAAGGCAAAGAAAGUAACGGUGCCAUACCGGAAAACGGCGAUGGUGCAGCCGGUGCCAAGGAAAAAUGUCAACUUAUGUAAGAGUAGCCGGGAGGCAGGCGGGUACUAGUUAGAGGUAGCAAGAUGCAGGGGAUGUGGUGAAAAUGGUGUUAGAGUUAGUGAAUGAAGGGCCGCCAGUGAAGCCAUGCUCCUACACGAAAUCCCCCAAAGUAGUACAACAAAAAUGCCACUACACACACACACACAUAGUUAAGCAAAGUAAAAGCGUGUGACGAUGCUGUGAAGGAGUGUGGCUUGGUUAGGUU